AUGGCUGAAGACAGCCAAACAUCAAGGAAAAGAGUCAACCAUACCUGGUCUCAUGAAGAGGACAAAAUACUAGUUGAAUGUCUGCUUGAAAUCGGUGAACUGUGGAGAGGAGAUAAUGGUUUCAGACCUGGAUUUGCAACCCAAUUGGAGAAGAUGAUGGCUGAGAGGAUACCUGGCUGCAAUCUGAAAGGUACUCCUCAUAUCACAUCAAGAAUCAAGCUGUUAAAGAGGCAUUACAAUGCCAUCUGUGAAAUGAUUAGACCAGCUGGAGGCUCCGGUUUCGGUUGGAAUGAUAAAGACAAAAUGAUAGCUGUAGAAAAGGACAUCUACACUGACUGGGUUAAGACCCACCCAAAUGCUAGAGGACUUUACAUGAAGCCUUUCCCUCACUUUGAUCAAUUAGGACCGAUAUUUGGGAAAGACGUUGCAAUUGGGAAUGAUGCAGAGGGACCACACGAUGCUGUGGAUGAAAUUGAAAAAGAAGUUGCUGCUGCUGCUGAGAGUGGGAUUGGAGCAUAUUACUUAUUCGACUGGUUGGGUGACACAACUCAAACAUCUCAUUAUGACACUGCAGCUAUGGACAAUGCCACCCAAGAUGCACCACCACAGUCCCCUAUGUCAAUCUCUGUGACAACUAAAAAAACCUCCAAGAAACGCGGCAGAUCUGAUGAAGAAUUGGUGGUUAUGGUUGUUGAUGCUAUGAAGGAUCUAAACCAGAAUUACAAAAACAAUAAUGAGAAUAUCAGUCAGUUGGUUUCUUGUUUCAAAUAUAAGGCUGAGGAUCGAGACACAAGGAAAUCAAUUCUUGAAGAAUUGAAAAAGAUUGAAGGCCUGAGUGUGCCUCAAAGGGUUCACGUAGCUAUGAUGAUGGGUAGGGACACCAACAUAACUGAUAUUUUCAUGGCUGGUUCACAAGAAGAGAGGGAGGCAGUGGUGGCUUCCUUGUUGGGAAUUCAUUAA